UUAGAAAUAUAGAAUUGGUUUUAAAUUAUUUUCUUGACUGUUUGGUUCUGAUGUGCUUUACCGAUAAAUCAUGGGUUUGCAAGAUAUUUUUUGUUGUUUUCUCUUGCCGUUGACUGGGGAUGUGGGUGAUCCUGUUACCCUGUACACCGCAGUACAGGGCGGUAACAAGAUUAUCUAUUGUGCUACUGCACUCUCUAUAAUCAGCGGAGACCUCUAUAGGGCUGAUCAAGGAGGGGUCUACAAUCUUACCAAAGCAUUUCAGGACUAUAACAACAAAAUGGCGCAAUUACGAGCAGGAAAGAGUGGCAAGAGCAAACUUACAAUUGUAAAGUUCAAGACUCUGGAGUCAGUGGAUGGAUGGGAAGUUCGUCAGGGGACUUAUUUUCAGGAUGUGGUUGCUUCCAAGUAUGAUGGAGGAAUGGAUGCCAAGUUCGAAUUCACUUCACCAGAGAUGCUGUUUUCUUUUACUCUAUUUCUUGCUGCAUUGUAGGAUAUGUUUUCACCACGGGAGGGUAUAUUGAGCUGUCUGAAAAGCUUUCACUUCCUUUGGGUCAAACCCUCGACCGGUAUAUGCCAUAUUUGCAUUCUCAAAUGGAGCUACUAAGCUAAAAGCAGCUUCCCAAAAUAAAAUUCAUGAAAUUACCUGAUGAAUUUGCUGCACAGCUACGACAUUC